AUGACAGGCUACUCCCCCAAAGACCACACUCUGCGUGCAACACACUCCAUCAAUUCGUCUCGACGGCCUCCACUCACGAAAAGCUACUCGAGUCAUGGCUCGCUUUCCAGCGGAGGAAGCACCGGCUCCGGUCCCAGCUUGAAGAGCAACAGCGCCGCAUCCAGUCAAAAUGCAAAGAAGACAUCUAGCCCCAGCAGCACGCUUACCGAGUCGCGGAAGGGGUCGUUGAGAGCCCGCUCGCUCAGCCAGAUGAUCGCCGGCAACUCCAAUCUGUAUCUUGCCCAGGAAAAGGCGUACCUCAAGAGAAUACGAAACCAGCGCACAGACGACUACUACACCAAGGGCAUCAGUGGUGCCGCUCUAGAUAUCAAGGACUUUGACCUCAAAAACGACAGCGACGACGACCUCUCGUCGUACGGCAACUCAGACCUUCUAACAGACUUCGCCGACGAGAAAAAUGAGGUCGACUACAGCUUGGCCUUCGAUCUCAUGAAGAGUAGCGGUGUCAGACUCAGCAUAGAUAAGAACAAUCAGACCAUCGACAAACACACGAUAGAGGACCCCUUGGUCUUGGAACGGUUGGAGUGGCAGGCCAUGCUCCUUUCGGUCUUGACCGGUGACGUGGUGCGCUCCGAAAAGACUAAAAUUAUAGACGCCCCCAACUCGGCACAGGGCCAAGAGAGCUUUGCCCAUACGCACUAUAAGGAGAACCUCUGGUUCGGGAUCAGAGCCAAGUUGUUCAACAGAUCAGAAGACGACCAGAAAAAAUUGACCUUGUACAGAAGAAACUUGGUGGACAAUCUCAUUGAUCAGGUGAUGAACUACCUGAUCUCCUACGAGUCGGGCGCGCCGAGCCCACGAGAGCAAAUCGUGAAGAUUCUAGACGACUACGAAAAGGCCUGCGAUUUGUGGAGCACCUUGGAAGAAAUGAAACAUGAUAAACCAUCUUGCAGAAGCGAAGCUUUCCAAGACCGUAUUGAUGCUCUCACCGCUUGGCUAUCCAUCACAGACGCUAUUGACCGUGAAACAAAGUCCUUCGCCUCCUGGAUUGGAAAUGACGACCUUGACAUCACUCGUGGAGGUACUGUCACAACUCCAAUGGCGGAGGAAGUACAAUUGACAGAUAACAAAAGCGAAGUAAACGAGGUGAAGAAGAUCUUCGAGGAAGAUAAUAAGUCUUUGGCCGAGCGCAUAGUCAAAGAGAAAGAUGUGCACAUGAUCUUCCGCAAGCGCAUUUCAUUACCACUCGCACCCUGGAUGGUCAAGUCAAAAAUCACCUACAUCAGGCUUUGUCGCAUUUUCGAGCAAUUGAAGCUCCCAGACUACGUUCACCAUUUGAUCGAUCUAUGUCUUGUUCCCAUGCGACUCAUCAAAGAGAUCAUCACCCUUCGUAUGAAGUAUGCCAUGAAACUCCAAAAUCCUACUCUUAUGAUGAUUGAUCAAAUGCUCGAUGAUUUUAAAUCUUACAUUACUAUCGCCUUAGAGCUCAAUAGCGGGAUUAUGGAGUAUUGCAAAUCAGAUGCAAAUAAAACUUGGUAUAUUCGAGACUUAUUCGAGAAGGACAUCGAGGAGUUCGAGAAAGUUGUUUUGAAAUGUGUGCACUACUAUCUUCUGCUCUUGAAUAAGAAACUUAUUGAUAGUAGCCGCUCACCCUACACUUUCAGAACCAACAAGGAGCCAGAGGAGCUUGAAGAUGCAUGGAAAUUCUUGAUGAAUUUGGGGCAUUAUAUCGAUGGUGGUGGAAUUUUGGUAGCCGAAAAUAUCACCUCUAUAACGUCGAGGCUUUGUCAAAAGCUCCUUGGCUAUUUAUUCAACCAAAUGAAUCAUCCUCCAAAGCCAGUUAAUGGCUCUGGAGACCUUAUCAGGUGGUACUCUUCCACUACAGACAAUUUCGGUCAGCUUCGUCGUAAGCUCGCUAGAUUUACUGGAGAAAUACUGCGAGAGUUCACGAACUCUGUCAUUUUCGAAAUCACUGCAAAGAGCGGUGCUAGAACCAAGAGCAUCCUAGAAAUUCUUCGUGAAUCUAAUCAUGUUCUUGUCUAUACCGGGACUGUUGAAGCGCAAGGAAUGUAUUUCUUUGCUAGUCCAGAGUUGAGUGAUAAGGAGGGAGAAAUCUUGAAAAUUAUAAAUGGCCGUUUCAUUGGCACUGGUCUCAACAGAGGCUUUUCUGAGUUUUCCAAUCUUCUCCAAUCAAUCAAAGAAGACAGUUAUUCGGAAGAAUUUUAUGAAAGUCCUGAAGAAGAUUAUUCAUCAGAGUAUUCUUACGUCUUGGCAUUUUGUCCUCCGAAAGCUAUUGUUUGGGAUGGUGCAAUGAUUAAUUUGCAUAUUGAUGAAGUCCCUGUCACAGAUUUGAAACAAGGCCAGAUGCUCAUGAUUACGAAACUUCCAUACUACGAUCUUCACAUAAUACGUGAUCGUUUCGUCGACUUUGUAUCUGAAGUUGAUUUCGGAUGUCUUGUGGAUCCUAUUGAACAACGUUCUUCCCUCACAAAGGUUCAUCAGGAAUUGAGUAGAAUUAACAAGAUGUUCUUUAAAAUGGCCUUAGCGGUCUUGGAUUCAAGCAGCAUCUUAAUUGAAAAAUGCAGGAUCCUCAUAAGUGAUGGCAAUUACCAAGAACUUGUGAACAAUUACUUCAUUUAUGCUCGAGAUUUCGGUAAGAGUUCUGUGAAGUGGUCAGAUGCAUCUCGGAAGUCCACUGUCAUUAUGCGCUUGAUUCAUUUGUCAAUUGAGUGGGUCAGUUUUAUAUGCGACGAUUGUAUUCCAACAGAUCGCAAAACUUUUAGAUGGUGUGUCCUAGCACUCGAGUUUGCUAUGGAGAUGACUCGCGGGUUUAAUGUCCUAGUCUUGAGUGAAGAGCUAUUCCAUAAGUUGAAAUUGAAGGUGGCUCGUUGUAUGUCUCUUUUGAUUUCUCAUUUCGAUAUCAUGGGUGCUCGGUCUAGUGAGGCUGAGAAAAGACGUUUGUUGAAGUGGACCUCGCUGAGACAAGGAAUUGAAAAUACUGUGGAUGACGAACAGGUGUUGAAAUCGUAUCAGAACGAGGUCAUGGGUCAAAUUGAAGAAAUCGAAAGAUACAGAACUGAUGUUCAGGAACAACUUAAUUCCAUUGGCCGUGUUUUGGAUGUUCUGGAUCUGGAGUACCACUAUGUGACCCUCCUCGCAUCCUCGUUCUCGAGUCUUUCUAUCAGAUGGCAAAAGGGUCGGUUUAUUGGCGGUGGUUCGUUUGGGCAAGUCUACGCUGCAGUUAAUUUGGAUACUGGUGGUGUCAUGGCAGUCAAGGAGAUUGUUUUCCACGAUAGCCAGUCGCUCAAGCUCAUUCCGUCUAUCAAGGAGGAGAUGACCGUGCUUGAGAUGUUGAACCAUCCGAAUGUGGUCCAAUACUUCGGAGUGGAGGUUCAUCGUGACAAGGUGUACAUCUUCAUGGAGUUCUGUGAAGGUGGUUCGCUUUCAGGCCUUCUCGCGCAUGGCAGAAUCGAGGAUGAAAUGGUCAUACAGGUGUACACCCUUCAAAUGCUUGAAGGUCUAGCCUAUCUCCACCAGUCUGAUGUUGUUCACAGAGAUAUCAAGCCUGAGAAUAUUCUUCUCGAUCACAAUGGUGUGAUCAAGUUUGUUGAUUUCGGUGCUGCAAAGGUCAUUGCAGCUACUGGCAAGACACGGAAUCCAGCAACCAGUUCAUCUUCGUCUUCAAGAAGAGGAGGUAAUCCAGAGAAUCUCAAUUCCAUGACCGGUACUCCAAUGUAUAUGUCGCCCGAAGUUAUUACCGGACAGUCUUCACCUCGGAACGGUGUGACCGAUAUCUGGUCACUUGGAUGCUGUGUUCUUGAAAUGGCCACUGGAAGACGGCCAUGGGCCAACUUGGACAAUGAAUGGGCUAUCAUGUACCAUAUCGCUGCCGGGCAUAAGCCGCAGUUGCCCUCGGCGGAUCAGCUCAGUGAAGCAGGAAGAGCGUUCCUCUCCAGAUGUUUGGAGCACGACCCACGCAAGAGACCCGGCGCCGCCGAACUUCUCAACGAUCCCUGGAUUGUCCAGAUCAGACAGGCAGCCUUUGGAACGAGUGAGCCAGGCACCACCCCUAGUUCAGAAAACAGCUCGACGUUGGCAUAA